GGGCGGGCUAGAGGUUUUACGAGGAAAAAAUAGACGCAAUUUGCACCAUAAAAAAACUGGUACCGAGCAGUAGUUUGAUAAGGAUUAAUGCUUGGCGUGCAUAAUGGCAGAGGAUGUAAACUACCCGCCCUUCCAGCUGGGAAAAUCCCGAUACGACCAGGGUACAUUUUCUGGAAGAUUAAGACAUUACUUGGAUAUUAUUGACCCAAGGACACUCUUUGUGACUGAGGUUCGUCUGAAGGAGUCUGUAAAACUUCUGGAAGACUACAAACAUGGAACAUUGCCCCCAGGAGUUUCUAACACACAACUUUGGGAGGCACAGAAGAUAAAACAGGCGAUCAUCCACCCAGACACCCAGGAGAAAAUUUUGAUGCCCUUUCGCAUGUCAGGCUACAUUCCUUUUGGAACCCCAAUAGUUGUUGGACUCCUCCUGCCCAACCAGACCUUGGCCUCUACAGUCUUCUGGCAGUGGCUGAACCAGAGUCAUAAUGCCUGUGUCAACUAUGCAAACAGGAAUGCCACCAAGCCUACUCCGGUCUCCAAAUUCAUACAAGGAUACCUAGGAGCAGUUACCAGUGCUGUGUCCAUAGCUGUGGGAUUGAAUGUUCUCAUCCAGAAAGCUAAUACGUUCAGUCCCUCAACCCGCUUACUGAUUCAGAGAUUCGUCCCUUUCCCAGCAGUUGCUAGCGCCAAUAUCUGCAAUGUGGUUCUGAUGCGGCACAGCGAAUUGGCAGAGGGAAUUGAUGUUUUGGAUGUCAAUGGAAAUGCUGUGGGGUCCUCAAAGAUUGCUGCCAAACGUGCAUUGAUGGAAACAGCAUUGACCCGUGUCGUUUUACCAAUGCCCAUCCUUGUAUUACCUCCACUUAUCAUGUCCUUUUUAGAAAAGCUGCCGCUGCUUCAGACCCAAAGGAGUCUGGUCCUCCCUGUCCACAGCCUUGUAUGCCUUGCAGCCUUUGGACUUGCUCUGCCUCUUGCCAUCAGCCUCUUCCCUCAGAUGUCAGAGGUUGAAGUAUCAAAACUGGAACCUGAGAUUGCAAUGGCAACCACUGGCAGAACAGUUGUUUACAACAAGGGUCUGUAAUGAAGUGCAACAGAUGGUCUUACUGGUCACAGCCUUUCAGAUCUCUUGGAGUCCUUAGGAACUAAUCAAUAUAAAACACUCCUGUGCUAAACCACUUAUUAUAAAGGUGCUAGUUUAACAAUACACAGUAGAGUCUGUCUGACUUUACUCAGUACUCACAUUUUUAAUAACCACAAUAAUGCUUUAAAUACAACAUUUGGAAAGCUAAGAAUGCAAGAUACUUCGGUAUAUAACCACACUAAUAACAUUCAUAGCAGUUGCCACAGCAAAGAGACAGCACCCCACCAGCCUACAUUUCAGCUUUACGCUUACCUUGGAGGGAACACUCACACCUUCAGGGACCUCCUGGUGUUCAUGUUAAACUAGUUCUGACAAGAAGACAUGCAGAUAGAUCAUGUCAGAACAAGAAAAGCACUUUGGCUUACUUCAGUUCAUGUUUAGUUUCUUGGCACUUUAAGAAUGGCACAAUCUAUGGAACAGUCAAGGAAUAAUUUUAAGUAUACAUUUCAGGAAAUAUGGUCAUCAUCUGCAUUAGAUAAAUACAUUAAGUUCAUGUUUAGUUUCUUGGCACUUUAAGAAUGGCACAAUCUAUGGAACAGUCAAGGAAUAAUUUUAAGUAUACAUUUCAGGAAAUAUGGUCAUCAUCUGCAUUAGAUAAAUACAUUAAAAAAACUCAGUGAAACAGCAAUGGCUGUACUUUAUGUCUGCACUAAAUACCUUACUCGCUGCAGUUACAACUAAGCAACAUUUAUUUUUUUAACAAAAACUCUUAAGAUAUGGAAAAUGAGUUCCGUAAAUGUGAAAAUGAAAUAGAAUUAAAUAAAAAGCUUACUUAUCCAGG